UGAACGUUCUUGAUCUUUCUGUUGGUGGAACUUCGCGCGCCGGGGUGUCCGGGGGUUGGGGUUGCCACGAAGAGAUCCUUGCCGGAGAAGAAUUUAAUCCAGUGAGAUAAAUGGCUCCUCCGCUGCAGGAUACCGAGGUGAGGGUCGGAGUGGGAGAGAAAAAGGCGAACGGGAGCGAAACCUGUUCCCGUCGUUUUUUCACGUGGGAAGAAAUCGGGCUGCGCACGGGACGGAUUGAGUCUCAUCUUCACGAGAGGUGGCUAGUGAUUGACAGGAAGGUCUACGACAUCAGCAGCUUCUUCCAGCGGCACCCGGGAGGCUCCAAGGUGAUUUCCCACUACGCUGGGCAGGAUGCCACGGAUGCAUUCACAGCAUUUCACCUGCAUAAGGAUCAAGCAAGCAAGUAUUUGAAUUCAUUGCUGAUAGGGGAACUGGCACAUGAUCAACCAAGUUCUGAGCCCAGCAAGAAUCAAUUGCUUAUAGAAGACUUUCGGGAAUUGCGAUCCACUGUUGAGAAAAUGGGACUUUUGACGCCAAAUCUCCUGUUUUUCUUUCUGAUUUCUUUUCAUAUUAUAUUGCUUGAUGUUGCUGCCUGGUUGAUUAUCUGGUAUUUUGGGACAUCUUCAAUACCAUUCUUCACAGGUCUUGCACUUUUUACUAUUGCUCAGGGUCAAAUGUCCUGGCUCCAACAUGACUUGGGUCAUCUUUCAGUCUUUAGAACAUCCAAAUGGAAUCAUGUGGGUCAUAUGUUCUUCAUGUCACUAAUGAAAGGAUUGUCAGUCAAAUGGUGGAAUAAUUUGCAUUUCCAGCAUCAUGCCAAACCAAACUGCUUUCGUAAAGACCCUGAUCUCAACAUGCAUCCCCUUGUGUUUGCUCUAGGGAAGAAACUAGCUACAGAGAUUGGACUGCAGAAAAAGAAGUUCAUGCCUUACAAUCAUCAACACAAGUACUUCUUCAUAAUGGCACCACUUUUAUUAGUUCCCUUCUUCCAGUUGUCCGUAUUCUACUUCACAAUCAGGCGCAGAGAGUGGGUGGAUCUAGCCUUGAUUACCGCUUACCAAAUCAGAAACUUCCUUAUCUACAUACCCAUUAUGGGAUUUAAUUAUUUUAUGGCAUACUAUUGGCUGGCCAGAUUUUUAGAAGCAAGUUGGUUUAUCUGGGUUUCACAGAUGAAUCACAUUCCAAUGAAUAUUGACUACGACACAAACAUGGACUGGGUAUCUGCUCAGCUCCACGCAACUUGCAAUGUGGAUCAGUCGUUUUUCAAUGACUGGUUCACUGGUCAUCUGAAUUUCCAGAUUGAACACCACCUUUUCCCCACGAUGCCUCGCCACAACUAUAGUAAGGUGGCUCCCCUUGUGAAAUCUCUCUGUGCCAAGCAUGGUAUUCCCUACCAAAGCAAACCCCUGCUUACAGCCUUUGGAGACAUUUUGCAAUCUCUUAAGGACUCUGGGGAAGCAUGGCUUGAAGCAUAUCUGCAUGGAUAAGCAUUAGUUUGAGAAUGAACUCCAUCCUGAUGAAAAUGGCAUCACACACUGGAGGGCAGCUGGUGGGCUAAGGAAGAAUGGGGUAUCUGGUGGGUGAACAGGAUAAAUGAUAACUUUGCUGGGGUGGGGUAAUUCUGAUACUUUUCUUCAUCCUCUGUGCAGUGUUUCCUUGGGCAUAUGUUCUUAUUUGUACUGUGGCAUUUGGGAGAUAGUGAAAGGAAAGUUUGUACUCAUGUAUGAUCACUUAUAUUUCACUUGUUGCUUCUAUGAGAUUGAAACCUGGCCAGCUUUUUCCUUGUUUUGGAGAGGGGAGAAGGUUGUCA